AUGACAUCGGAUGACAGUUUGUUGAAUGAAUACAAAUGGGUAGAUGAUGAUGAUGAUGAAGAACCCGAUGGAGAAUAUUAUGGAGAAGCUGACGAUGAUGAGGAGCAGGUUUUAGGAAAUGAGUUAGGGUUAUGUGAUGUUGAUCGGGAAAUGGAGAAUGAAUUCACUAAGGAGGAUGUGGUUGUAGGUCCAAUCUCUGGAAUGCGAUUUAGUGAUAAAGAUUCUUUGGCUAGGAUUCGCAAAACAAAGUUUACCACCAAGAGUAACAAUUGUAAAGCUAGGGUUGCUACUGUUUUGGAUGAUUCUGGUUGUUGGCGCGUAUCUAAGGUCGUUCACGAUCACAACCAUGAUUUGCUCCCUUCCAUAUCGCGCAUGAUGGCUGGACAUAGGUCCGUUUGUGAUUCUUUGAAGAGGGAUCUUGUAGCUCACGAUCGAUCUGGCAUUAGACCCUCCAAGAAUAUUAGACUUGCUGAGGUUCAACGUGGUGGACCGCAAAAUUUGGGUUGCACUCCAAAGGAUUGUAGAAAUUUUAUUUUAAAGAGUAGGAAUUUUGAAAUGCAAGAAGGGGACGCACAGUCGCUGCUCAACUUUUUUCGUGAAAUGCAGGUAAAGGAUAGGGAGUUUUUCUAUUCAAUAGACGUUGAUAAUAUUGGUAGGCUGCAAAAUGUGGUAUGGGUGCAUUCACACUGUAAGGGAGCGUAUGAGCAAUUCCAUGAUGCGAUAUGCUUUGAUACAACGUACCUUGUGAAUCGAUAUAAUAUGCCAUGUUCUACAUUUGUUGGCAUCAAUCACCAUAGACAGUCCAUCUUACUGGGAUGUUCUCUCAUGUCUCAUGAAGAUAUCGAUAGUUAUAAAUUAGUUUUUAAAACUUGGCUUGAGGCCAUAGGAAAUGUUCAUCCAGAUGCGAUCAUAACUGAGAGCAUUAAGCGAGCCAUUGCUGAAGUGAUGCCAAAUAUAAUACAUAACAUUACUGUUGAAGUUUUUGAGAGAAAAUGGACAGAAUAUAUUGCAAGGUAUAAUUUGCAUACAAGGAAUUGGUUCAACAAGCUUUACUCUGAGAAGGAAAAAUGGAUUCCUGUGUACCUUGAUGUGUAUUUUUGGGCUGGUAUGCUAUCUACGCAAAGAAGUGAGGGGAUGUAUGCGUUCUUUGAUGGAUAUAUUACCCGUCAAAGCACUCUUAAGAUAUUUGCUAACCAGUAUGAGUUAGCUAUAAGAGCUAAGCAUGAGAAAGAGUUGGAAGCGGAAUACAGGUCAAAGGGCUUUCAAAUUGUGUGUGAGUCAAUGUUCAAGUGGGGGGAGCAGGCAAUUCAGUGUUAUACGCAUACAGUUUUUAAAAAAAAUGAUGGAAAACCAGUUGACUACAAUAUUGAAUAUACACCUAUCGGCGAUUAUUUUAGUUGCAGCUGCAAAUGGUUCGAGUCUAGAGGGAUACUUUGUUGCCAUAUACUCAAGAUCUUGUCGAACAAGAAGACUGAUAAAAUUGAUGAAAGGUAUAUACUAACAAGGUGGAGAAGCGAUAUUAUUAGGCCACACUUGAAUCGGUUCCAUCAAGUUGGUUACAUAAACAUGAUUCCUGAGUACAAGAUAUACAGGAGCAUGUUGAAGUAUUUUGACAUAGCUUGUGAUAUAGCACUGGGAACUAGCGUGAAGAUUCAAUAUGUUAAGCAUAAUUUGAAGAAGAUGGUGUAUGAUCUUCAAAACUGA